AUGGCUGGUCCUUUGCCCUCUUCGUCAAAUCUUUCUCACAAUAUCGACCCUUCUCCCUCAGACUCAACCCCAGCGUAUGCCUCUCAGUCAUACCCUCCCCCUCCUCCCGUACCCUCUUCAUCCUCAACAGACGCAGCGAGUGACGCUACCUCCAAACUUGAUCCAGAAAAGGGACCUCCGCUCUAUGUCUGUGGCCACUGUGGACGACGUUACUCAAGACCGGAGCACCUCCAACGCCAUGUUCAAACGCACACCCUAGGCCGACGCUUUGCCUGCGGGAUCUGUGGAAAGACAUUUGCACGUGCCGAUCUCAAGAAACGUCAUGAGACAAACCACGAGAAUGACGACUCCAAGAAGCGACGACGUACCACCACUUCUCUCAACGCGGGCCGGGUCACCCAUGCUUGUAAGGCUUGCGCCACUGCAAGGGUCAAAUGUCAGGAGGAGAAGCCUUGUCAAAGAUGUGUUCGUCGCGGCUUGACUUGCGUCUCGGCCGAGGCCGGCUCCGCGGCAGCUAUGAACCUGGUCCAUCUGUCUGCGAGCGCACGCUCUCUUACCCCUGGUGACGAUGAGCACGAUAGCAGCAAUGCGUCAUCUGAGUAUGUACCCGUCAAUGUCCCUAAUCCGACGUCCUAUCCUGCCGAUCAAGCAUCUCUGUAUGGACAAAAUCCCAAGUUACAGCUGCAGUCCCGAUCAGUUACACCCAACCUGGGUGAUCUCGCCAACUCUGAAGCUGGCUCUUCCAAUCAUGCCGGCGCAGAUCAACUCCCCUUUUGCGACUUUCUUCAAAAUGUCUUGUACGAACAGCAAUAUGACCAACCGAACAAGAUGCCAGAGAACCAAGGUCUCGCUGUUCUGGACUUUUGCAACGAUAACGAUACCAACAUGGAGCUUUCAGAUAUGGACUUUGGCUUAUUGGAUCAUUGGAAUACCGACGGAAUGUCCAACACUAUUCCAGCCCAGCAAGAGACGCCUAACUCAGAUAAAUCUGUCGACAUAGCGAACAUACAGCAGAACCUCGUCACAGCUUGGGACGUGUCCCCGUGGCGAUGGGAUCCGGUCGCAAAGGACAAUGCAUUCGACGAACAAGGGAAUCUCCCAGUAUCUCAAAGAGAUGUAGCGAGUAUACGAGCUCAUACUUCCAAGGGGGCUCUUAGGAGGGUGAUUGACCAAAAGCUAGACUUUGCUGCUCGUGAUGGCGUGUUAGCACUAGUAUUGGGUGCAUGCCAGCCUGAUACCAUGUCGAGUCGCAUCUCGGGAUCCUUCCCCUCGGCAGAUCUCUUGGAUACUAUGCUCCAUGUCUUUCUCAACUCACAUACCAACCAGGUUUCGGAUUUCAUACACUUCCCGACCUUCAAGCUCAAUGAACAAGAGCCAGAAUUCAUCGCUAAUGCGGCGGCUGCUGGUGCUGUGCUGACUCCGAUACCGACCCUACGGAAAUUUGGCUAUGCUCUUCAGGAAUCUAUCCGAAUCGUGAUGCCUAAACGAUUUGAGGAGAACAACGAAUCAAUUCUCAACAUAGGCAUGAUACAAGCCAUCGUCAUCGGCCAAGAUACUGGACUCUGGAGUGGAAAUCGACGGAAGAUGGAAAUUGCAGAGUGCCAUGUCAACAUUCCCGUCACGAUGAUGCGAUAUCGCGGCAAGUUUCAACGAUCCUCGUACUCCAUGAUUUCAGUGACACCCAAUGACGAGGGUGCCAAUCUCGAGCAGAAAUGGCGUACAUGGGUUGAUAUGGAGAAAUGGAAACGUUUUGUCUUUCAUCUUUUCCUCCGAGAUAGUCAACAGUCCAUGACAGCCCUUACGAACCCCGUCAUGUCGUACGCCGAGCUCACACUUCCUCUACCUGCUUCCAAAGAGCUCUGGUAUGCCAAAACGGCAAAAGAUUGGAAGCACGCGUAUUUGAGACGAGAAGCCGGACACAUCAAGCGAGCACCGUCAGUCGGUGACCUCUUCCGCGACUUGAACCUCCUUGCAGAGAACCGCCAUCGAAUGGACAUGCAGUUCUCGGCAGCGAUCUAUCUCCAAGCCUUUUGGAUGUUGAUUUUGGAGUACCGAAAUUUGUGCUCAUCUUGCAGAAUACGAUCUUAUACCCAAGAUGCUUAUGGUGGCACCAGUUCGUUGUUAGAUGCACGACGGCAUCAACUUAUCCAGGACCUGCAGACCUUUAAGACCACGACGAUGAACUGGCCAGAGAUCACAGCGCAGGAGCGUCUACUCCUCAACCAGCUUCUGAUGGGAUUGCAUAUAUCCAUGGAUGACCUACAACUCUUUGCCGGCAAGGAAGGCGACGAGCAGGCGCAUAGAGCCUUUCCUAUUCUCCAGCAGUGGGUUGAAAGCGCCGACUCUCGCGCAGCUAUAUGGCACGCUGGCCAAGUUCUCCGAUUCGCAAAGCUGUUCCCGUCAGCUCAGCUGAAGAACUUCUACGCUGUAGGGGUGCACCACGCAGCACUGGCACUAUGGACUUACGGGGUGAUCACUCGAGCUGGAAACCGGCCAGACUUGUCUGCACAGCAAGAGAAGAUUUAUUUUGAUGGUCCGGAAUCGAUGAGUGUGCAGCAGUUCAUAACUCUAGGGCAGGGUGUGCCUUUUGUUCGAGGGCCAAGCAGUCGUAAUGGGACAUCUGAGGCGUCGAUUGAGAACCCCAAGGCGAGUAUGGAGGCUGCUCAUGAGAUUCUGCAAGCCAACUUUGGAGGCGUCAACGUAAUGGCUCCAGCGAUUGUGGAAAAUCUGUGUGUCUUGAUUCGACAGCUGGGAAACGUUGCUUGGGCAGUAGGUCUGGGUUAA